GACCGGCUCGGCUCCGGUCUCCGCAGCAUCUCCGGGGACCGCUCCCGGCCGAACGGGCGCUCUCACCCCGGCUCUCUGUGCCGGUUCGCCGGCCCAUGUCUCUGCCAGGAGAGGGCGGGCACCCCAUCCCUUUUGGCUGCUGGGGCGGAGGACGAGGCGCGGGCAGCCCCCGGGCAGAGGCAGGGACAGGGAUGGGGCAGGCAGGAGCCGCCCCCGCGCGGGGCGGAGGGAGCGCUGGGUACUGGCUCCUCGCCCCGCGUAUCCACCCGGGAGGUGGCCCCGGCGCUGUGAGCCGCAGCCGCUUCCCUUCGCUCCCGCCCUCCCUCUCUCCCUCCCCCGUCCCCACCUCUCCUCCAAAACCGCAGGAGUCGCUACGGCUCCGCUUCACUCUCUCCGGUGCCAGCGGCGGAGGGGGGCGAGGGGCCCUCAGCGCAGGCACGGCCCGGGGCGGGAGCAGCCCCGCAUCGUCCCCGCCGCCCCCCUGCCAUGGCCGGUGUCGCGGCCCAGCGCUGACGAUGCUGCUGGGCGCCCCGCGGCCGGGCGGCUGGGAUCGCAGCCGGGUGGGCGAGAGGCUGCAAGCGGCCCUCGCCGGCCUCCAGGAGCUCCAGGUGCUUCGGGAGAAGCAGCGGGAGCUGGUGCGGGCCGCCCUGGCCAUGCCGCAGUGGCCGGCGGCGGGCGGAGAACAGCAGCCCCUGUCCGCCCACAGCAAGGAGCACCGUCUGGAGGUCACCCUCUCCGCCCUGAAGGAGCAGCUGUCUCGUUUGAGGAGACAGGAUGUCGGCUUGAAAAGUCACUUGGAUCAGCUGGACCAGCGAAUAAGUGAGCUGAAAUUGGACGUCAGUAAGACCUCCAGUGAAUACUUGGAUAGUGACAGCCGGCCCAGCUCAGGAUUCUACGACCUGAGUGAUGGUGGUUCUUGCUCACUCUCCAAUUCUUGCACCUCUGUGUACAGUGAGUCCAUCUCCUCCUCCCACACCAGUCUCUUACCCAGCUCUCAGCACCCUAAAGCAAGGCUCAGUGUGUUCGAUUACCGACCCAAGUCUGCAGAUGAAACCACUGUGCACACCACCAGCUUCCAGCAGCAGGGAGCCUAUGGCAGCGAUGGAUGUCGGAUUGCAGCCAGCAGAGAUGUUUCUGGGACUCCUGCCAGGUCCAGACCAAGGCCAGUUUCCACAGGUGACUUGGAAAGACUCAUUCCAGCGGACACUAGAUUUCAGAAAGAAAUGGAUCCCAAAUCCGUGUUGCCUCAGUGCCAUAAUGGAGACAUGCACUUGCUCAGCAUCGAUCCCAAAUUCCAGAAUGACUUGGUCUCCAAGAACGGCAUUGAUGUGUAUCCUUACCCAAGCCCCCUCCAUGCAGUCGCUUUACAAAGUCCCCUUUUCUCCCUGGUGGGAACAUCCCCAAAAUCAGACUUCCAAGCUCCUCCCAGCAAACCUAUGCCUAGUACAACAGGUCCCAGCUUGAUUAAGACUAGGCCAACCACUGAGGUCAAGCCGGGGGGUUACAUCAAUAAAUUGCUGCAGCUGACGAGAUGCAAAGGGAGCAGUCGGGCUGAGGCCAGUGAGUGGGUUUCACCAAAGAGCCAGCCAGCUGCAAUGCACCAGAGACUCAUUAUAACCCCCAGCGCCGGUGGAGUGAAAAUUAACAGCAGCAGUAGCCAGCUGGAAAAACAGAUGAGUUCUCUGGAGAGUAACAAAGCUGAAGGGAAGCUGUCAAUAGAGGUGCCAGAGGGGGAGUGUGCCAAGCAGCAGGAGACCAUGAGCUGUAUGAAUGAAGAACAGUCAUCCACUCGGCCUGACACAGAGCCAUCAGCUGUGAAUAGUUGUUAUCCUGCCAAGUCAGCAGCAAGGGGCUCUCCUCUGGCAGAAGAAACGGAGAGCAGCAUGGAGCGCAGUUUGUCCUACUCACAGCUGUGUCAAGAGGACUCUAGCCCAGACACCUGGAAUGCUAAAGCUGUCCCACCCAAAAAACUGCCCAUCAAAAGGUGUGGCAAUGCCAAAUUGGCUUACACUGGGGGUCAUGAACGAGUGACACGAGCUGAGUUUGUCCAUGCUCAAUUUGUCCCUGCAGAAUCCCAUCAAGUCCGGGUAAAGUUUGCCAGCUCCAAAACAAAGGCAGUGAAGAUAAAGAGGAGGAACAGUGAAAAGGUCAUUCGGCCUGGGAAGCAAGCCUUCUGCGUGGAGAAGAUGAGAGGGCCUCAUGGGGCCACCAAGCUGCCUGUUGAGUGGAAUCAGCUCCAAAGACCACAAGGAAUGAAGACCCUCAUGCGCAGACCUUCAUAUUCUGGAGACAUGGCUGGCAGAUCAUGCUCAGAAUCCAGUCUGUUCCCAGUGCAGGUCAGGCUCCCCGCUGUGCCAUCCAGGCCAGAGCUCUACGGAGCCUCUGCCAAUGCGCUGUAUUCCCUGGAAGCAGCUUGUGCCGACACAGGCAGCAGGAAGAAGCAGCGCAAGUGGCAGUCUACGGUGGAGAUCUCUGCCAAGGCCCAGCCGGCCGGCCUGGCUCACAGCUUUGGCCUGGGAGCGCCGAGGCAGCCGGCGAGGAGAGCCGGCGUCCUGCGCAGCGUCAGCACGAGGGCUCGCUCCAAGGGGCAGCCGCACGGAGAUUGUGCCAAGAGCGAGUCAGACCACUCCGAGUACUCUGCAGAGUGCGCCUCCCUCUUUCACUCCACCAUCGCAGAGACCAGCGAAGGGGAGGUCAGCGAUUUCACUGCCAACCGGUUCGGGGACAGCGAGUCCAGUGAAGGCGACUGGGAUGGCAGCAGUAACAGUAGCAGCCUUGCUCUUGACUAUGAUGAGGGGGAUGAAAGUGAGCUGAUUUGGCCUGAAGGUUCAGUCAGACAAUCCGUGACUGUCCAGACCUCUUCCAAGCCUAUUCCUCCAGUGCCCAAAAUCUGUCGCAUCAAAGCUUCAAAGGCACUGAAGAAGAAGAUAAGGAGGUUCCAACCUGCCUCUCUGAAGGUCAUGACCAUGGUGUAAGGGAGAACAAGCAUCUAUUU